GGAGGCGGUUACCUGGCAACCGAGAGAUGCGGAGCGCAACCACCUAGCGGUCGGAAAGUGCAUUUUUCAGAGCCCUAGGAAUCCGAGCUGACGGAUCCCUGACAGGGGCGAUUGACUCCUAGUUAUCCCCCUAACCCCUAGGGGCCUUCAGCCCCAACCCCAUCAUGACAUCUCCUCUGUGCAGGGCGGCCUCCGCCAACGCCCUGCCUCCUCAGGACCAGGCUUCGACGCCCUCUUCCAAGGUCAAGGGCAGGGAGGCUUCGGGCAAACCCAGCCACCUCCGAGGCAAGGGCACAGCCCAGGCCUGGCCCCCAGGCCGUUCCAAGGGAGGAUCCUUCCACAGAGGUGCAGGGAAGCCCUCUGUGCACUCUCAGGUGGCUGAGUUACAUAAAAAGAUACAACUGUUAGAGGGUGACCGGAAGGCUUUUUUUGAGAGCUCUCAGUGGAACAUCAAGAAGAACCAGGAGACCAUCAGUCAGCUCCGCAAGGAGACUAAGGCACUGGAACUAAAGCUGCUGGACCUGCUCAAGGGAGAUGAGAAAGUGGUCCAGGCAGUGAUUCACGAAUGGAAGUGGGAGAAGCCAUACCUGAAGAACAGGACAGGACAGCAGGCCCUGGAGCACCUAGACCACCGGCUGAGGGAGAAGGUGAAGCAGCAGAACGCCCUGCGGCACCAGGUGGUGUUGCGGCAGAGGCGGCUGGAGGAGCUCCAGCUGCAGCACAGCCUGCGCCUUCUGGAGAUGGCGGAGGCGCAAAACAGACACACGGAGGUGGCCAAGACCAUGCGGAACCUGGAGAACCGCCUGGAGAAGGCCCGGAUGAAGGCGCAGGAGGCGGAGCACAUUACCAGCGUGUACCUGCAGCUCAAGGCCUAUCUAAUGGACGAGAGCCUCAACUUGGAGAACCGGCUGGACUCCAUGGAGGCUGAGGUGGUGAGGACCAAACAUGAGCUGGAGGCACUGCACGUGGUGAACCAAGAGGCCCUCAAUGCCCGGGACAUUGCCAAGAACCAGCUGCAGUACCUGGAGGAGACCUUGGUUCGAGAGCGCAAGAAGCGGGAACGCUACAUAAGUGAGUGCAAGAAGCGCGCCGAGGAGAAGAAACUGGAGAACGAGCGCAUGGAGCGCAAGACCCACCGCGAGCACCUGCUGCUACAGUCCGACGACACCAUCCAGGACAGCCUGCAUGCCAAGGAGGAGGAGCUGCGGCAGCGCUGGAGCAUGUACCAGAUGGAGGUGAUCUUUGGCAAGGUCAAGGACGCCACUGGCACUGACGAGACGCACUCGUUGGUGCGGCGGUUCCUGGCCCAGGGCGACACCUUCGCGCAGUUGGAGACGCUCAAGAGCGAGAACGAGCAGACGUUGGUGAGGCUGAAGCAGGAGAAGCAACAACUGCAGCGGGAGCUGGAAGACCUCAAGUACUCGGGGGAGGCCACGCUGGUGAGCCAGCAGAAACUGCAAGCCGAGGCGCAGGAGCGUCUCAAGAAGGAGGAGCGGCGGCACGCCGAGGCCCAGGACCAGCUGGAGCGCGCCUUGCGGGCGAUGCAAGUGGCCAAGGACAGCCUGGAGCACCUGGCCAGCAAGCUGAUCCACAUCACUGUGGAGGACGGCCGCUUCGCGGGAAAGGAGCUGGAUCCCCAGGCAGAUAACUAUGUGCCAAACCUGCUGGGCCUCGUGGAGGAAAAGCUGCUGAAACUGCAGGCGCAGCUCCAGGGCCACGACGUGCAGGAGAUGCUGUGCCACAUCGCUAACCGCGAGGUGCCCUGCAGCCAUGGGGCAGAGCUCCAGAGAUCUAGGAUUCCUCGCCAGCUUAGAGGGAAGGCUGCCCGAAUACAACACCCGCAUCGCCCUGCCCCUUGCCACUUCCAAGGACAAGUUUUUUGACGAAGAGAGUGAGGAGGAGGACAACGAGGUAGUGACCCGCGCAUCACUCAAGAUCCGUUCCCAGAAAUUAAUCGAAAGUCACAAGAAGCACCGUCGCUCUCGGAGGUCCUAGACUCGUCCUGACACCCACCUGGCGGCCCCCUUCGGAGCCCCCGAUCCCUCUGGGUCUAGCGCAGGCCCCACGGGGCCCCUUCAGGGGCUGAACGCGGCCCGGACCGGGAACGGAGGCGGCCAGCGGCGCCGGAGGGGAGGAAGGGGCCGGGCCAGACGUUCCCACAGUAAAUCUCCCCAGCUGGGUCCGCCCCGGCCUCAGAGUUGCGCAAUAAAGGUUACCGACCAUG